AUGCUGGGCUCCUACUUCCUGCGAUCGAAAGCCUCCAGCGGCACCACAGAGACUGCCGCUGGUCCAAUAUGGCUGAAUAAAAAGGUCACUCCUCUACUACAAGCACUUUCAUAUCGAGCUUGCCUCCACCCAAUACACACCAUAGUUAUUGUCGCCUUUUUCGCCAGUACGACAUAUAUGGGACUUUUACAAAGCAGUCUUUUUGAUGGUGCAAAGUCCACUGUAGCCGGUCGAGCGGAUUGGUUGUCUCUGCAAGAAGGCAGUCGCCAAUUGAGAGUUGGGAGUGAGACGGGAUGGAAAUGGCAACCUAGCGAUGUAGAUACCCCGGUGGGACAAGGCGUCGACCACUUGGCUCUUUUGACAUUCGUAUUCCCCGAUUCUUUCGCCGCAAGCUCUCCCCAGACCGCCCCUCUUUCAGACGCCAUCCCGUUACCACAAAACCUUUCGGUUACCGCACUGCCAUCGACUUCGAAUUUCCUUUCUCCUAUAUCACAGGAUAGCGCUUUGGCCUUUUCAGUACCAUACGCAAAUGCGCCAGAGUUCCUUGUUCAGGCACAAGAACUCCCAAAUGCAGGACCUGUGCCCAAGAGCGAGGAGCGUUAUGAAGCGGGUGCUACGAAAGAGCAUAAGAAAUGGAUAAUGAAGGCCGCGAGGGUCCCAGCAACUCGAUUUGGAAUCAGGGUUUGGGUCAAAAAUGCCUGGACCGCAUUCGUGGAUCUGCUCAAAAAUGCUGAGACUCUGGAUAUCAUUAUCAUGGUUCUCGGUUACAUUUCCAUGCACCUCACAUUCGUCUCGCUCUUCGUCUCGAUGCGCCGUAUGGGAUCCAAUUUCUGGUUGUUUGCUACUACGCUAUUUUCAUCCGUGUUUGCCUUCCUUUUCGGUCUGAUCGUCACCAGUAAGAUGGGAGUUCAGAUGAACAUGAUCCUUCUCUCCGAGGGUCUUCCAUUCUUGGUCGUCACAAUUGGAUUUGAAAAAGCCAUUGUCCUUACCAAGGCAGUCUUAUCCGCUUCCCUGGAUACACGCAGACCACAAGCCGACAAGUCCAAGAGAAUCGAGAAAAAGUACGGUAUGUCGCCAACCUCCAUUGGAUAUGCCGUUCAGGUUGCAAUUGGUGAGAAGGGUUAUGAGAUCAUCAGAGACUAUGCUAUUGAGAUUUGUAUCCUGGUUGCCGGUGCGGCUUCGCCCGUUCAGGGUGGACUUCAACAGUUCUGCUUCUUAGCUGCUUGGAUCCUCUUCUUCGACUGUCUGUUACUUUUCACUUUUUACACCGCAAUUUUGAGUAUCAAACUCGAAAUCAACCGUAUCAAGAGACAUGUUGCUCUCCGUCAGGCAUUAGAAGAUGAUGGAAUUAACCGAAAAGUUGCUGAAAAUGUCGCUCAGAGUGAUGACUGGCCGAAAGCAGAUGAUACUUCGGGUGCUCGUGAGACCACGAUCUUUGGACGAAAAGUUCGGGAUAGCAGCAUCCCAAAAUUUAAGGUUUUGAUGGUUGGUGGAUUCCUCAUCAUCAAUCUGCUCAACAUCUGUACCCUCCCCUUCCGGGGUGGUAACAACAACGCCGCAUUACCAACUGUUACGGGACUUGCGGGAAGCAGUAUCCCAGGUGUGGUUUCUUCCCCUCCUAUGGACCCAUUCAAGGUCGCUUCGAAUGGGCUGGAUUCCAUUUUCGAGUCUGCCAAGUCAUUCGACAGAUCCACAGUAGUCACGAUUCUAAGUCCGAUCAAAUACGAGCUCGAGUAUCCAUCAGUGCAUUACGCUACGCCCUCCAAAGGUCGCUCAUCUUACCAACAGGACGGAGAUGAAUUCAACGAGUACGGAAUGGGUGGGCGUGUCGUCAACAGCAUCCUCAAAAGCUUGGAAGAUCCUGUUCUGUCAAAAUGGAUUGUUGUCGCUCUUGCUUUGAGUGUAAUCUUGAACGGCUACCUUUUCAACGCAGCGAGAUGGAGCAUCAAAGAGCCUCUUCAGAUGCCACCUCAUCAUGCGGUUGAUGCAGGAGAGCUUGAUCGCGCAGAGAGAUUUAACAAUUCAGCGUCGGUACCAACUCUCAAGCUUCCAGCCAUCGACCCACAAGCUAGAGAUGAGCUGCAAACUCAGCCUCCUACACCCGCAACCACUGACGAUGAGGAUGACUUGGUCAUGUUCAAGAAGCCAUCUGAAACUCAACUUCGCCGAACACAAUCGCAAAUGGAAAAGUUUAUUAUGGAAAAGCGUACCCAUGAGCUCAACGACAGAGAAAUUGUGGAGCUGUCCAUGCAAGGAAAGAUACCUGGCUAUGCUUUAGAGAAGACCCUGAAAGAUACUACUCGAGCUGUCAAAAUUAGAAGAUCCAUAAUCUCCCGGACAGCUGCUACAGCUGAAACAACCAGCUUGCUGGAACGAUCCAAGUUGCCAUAUGAGCAUUACGACUAUGACCGCGUUCUUGGAGCUUGCUGUGAAAAUGUUAUUGGAUAUAUGCCGCUUCCAGUUGGCGUUGCUGGUCCAAUCGUUAUUGAUGGGCAAAGCUUCUUCUUGCCUAUGGCUACAACUGAGGGUGUUCUUGUCGCCAGUACCAGCCGUGGUGCUAAGGCUAUUAAUGCUGGUGGUGGUGCAGUUACCGUUGUCACUGGAGAUGGCAUGACCCGUGGACCUUGCGUUAGUUUCGAGACACUUGCGAGAGCUGGUGCUGCCAAGAAUUGGCUGGAUUCAGAACUCGGACAGACUACAAUGGCCAACGCUUUCAACUCUACUAGUAGAUUUGCUCGAUUGCAAUCUAUCAAGACCGCCAUGGCUGGAACCAAUCUCUACCCUCGGUUCAAGACGACUACUGGAGAUGCCAUGGGAAUGAACAUGAUCUCAAAGGGUGUCGAACACGCUCUUAGUGUUAUGGCCGAAAGUGGGUUCGAAGAUAUGGAUAUUAUUUCUGUCUCUGGUAACUUCUGUACCGAUAAAAAACCAGCUGCUGUCAACUGGAUAGAUGGUCGUGGAAAGAGUGUCGUUGCCGAAGCCAUUAUCCCUGGAGACGUUGUUAAAAAGGUUCUCAAGACAGAUGUCGACACGUUGGUUGAGCUCAACAUUGCCAAGAAUCUUGUCGGUAGUGCUAUGGCUGGAAGUAUUGGAGGUUUCAACGCCCAUGCUGCUAACAUCGUUACUGCCAUUUUCUUGGCCACUGGUCAGGAUCCUGCGCAGAACGUUGAGAGCAGUAAUUGUAUCACUCUAAUGAAGAAUCUCCGCGGCAACCUCCAAAUCAGCGUCUCCAUGCCAUCUAUCGAGGUCGGUACCUUGGGUGGUGGUACCAUCCUCGAACCCCAAAGCGCGAUGCUUGACCUCCUCGGCGUCCGGGGUUCUCAUCCCACAAACCCAGGUGACAAUGCCCGCAAACUCGCCCGUAUCGUCGCAGCCGGUGUCCUCGCCGGCGAACUCUCCCUCUGUUCAGCCCUCGCCGCUGGCCAUCUUGUCCGUAGUCAUAUGGCCCACAAUCGAAGUGCGCCACCCACCCGAACCAACACACCAGCUCCCUCAGGCGCCCAAACACCUGUCUCAAGCGCCGUAUCUAGCAUGCAAGAACGCGCGGGCCUAAUCAUGUCUCCGGCAGCUGUGAGCCGUGCUGCGAGGUAG